GCUCUUAAUAGGUUCUUAACAGUGAUAGUGCGACUAGUAGCGGUUCACAAUUGUCUUAGCAUUGUCCGCAAAGAAAUUACCAUGAACACACAUAUUCUUUUUUGUUUGGUUUUAGUGGUUGCUGCUGCUGAAUCUGCUAAACUGCCGGAAAAACAAUGCAAACCUGGAGAUGUUAAAAUGGAAGACUGCAAUAGAUGCUUUUGCGCCGCAGGAUUAUGGGCCUGUACAAGAAUCGGCUGCUUACAAGACGUUCAACAGCCAGCAGUAGCCAAUAAAAUCAAGAAACGCAAUGUUGUAACUCCCAAAGACGCAAAUGAGCCCUGCAAAGAUGGAGAUAUCACCUCGUUUGAUAAUAAUUGCAACAUGUGUACUUGUAGCAAUGGAUUAUGGGCUUGUACACUGAAAUUUUGCCUGUAAUUCAUCCCAUAAUCUGGAAUAAGUCCGUUAUGCUUAGGAAUAAGGGUUUUAUACAGUAGUUGUUUAAAAAUAUAUUUGUCAGCAAUUGAA